GCCGAAACAGCCGCCCACAAAAUGAAGUGAACAGAAUGUGAUGUGGUCAGGGAGAUUACAGACGUAUUGAAAACUUGAAAAAUGUAAAUAAUAGGGCUUUCUACAACGCGAUUCUGCCUUACCUUCUGUAUAACGUCUAAACUCUGCUAAAAUGACAACUGGGAGCACAUUGUUUGUAAACAUUCUGGCUUUCGUUUGUUUCCAUCCCGGCUAUAUUUGGGGACAAAGGAGCAUGCCCAAUGACUGCCAUGAAACUUUGCUGCAGACCACUGCAAGCUCAUUGUCAUUACCCCAACAUACUUCAAGCUGUAAUGAUACACAACUAGGAAUAAAGUCUUCACAGGCCUGGAUAUCUGGAAGUAUUGAAUCUGUUGAAAUGACCUAUCUUAAGGUAGAUUUGGGAACAACACAGACAAUUACUGGUAUACAGACUCUCAAAUUUCCUGGCACUUUUCAGAUUCUAUUUGGCUACGAUGGGAAUUCAAACUUUACCUAUCGAAAUCUUAACGGAGAUGAGCUAUUCCAAUCAGCAACUGAUGCAGAGACCAUGCACUUUUUGUGUCCUACCAAAGCAAGAUUUGUUUAUUUUGUGCCUGAAAAGCCCCAUUCUUGCCUUAAUUUGAUCACUAAUAUUUAUGGAUGUAAUGCUACAUGGAAAAGCGCUGCUGGUACUGUCAGUAACCUUCAGGUAACUGAUAAAACACAAAACAGUAUCAAGAUUUACUGGAAUACAAAUGGCCUAUUUGACAGACAACUGGUUUCUUACAAGAAAGUAAACAGUAGUGAGCACCUUAUCAAAACCAUGGUGUAUGCAAGCAGAACUGUGUAUUCAGAGAGUAUUGUCAAUUUGGAGCCUUGUACGAAGUAUGAGCUUGAGGUGGCUGUAGAAAGCUCUUGCAACAUUGAUAGAAAGAAAAUUAUCGUUAAAACCAAUCCGUCUGCUCCAACUAAACCGACGAUUGUUAGUGUUACGUCACCAAAGCCAUUCACUGCAGUUGUCACGUGGACGGUUCCAUCUUCCUCAGCUUCGAGCUGCAGCUCUCUCAUACAAGGAUUCAUUAUAAAAUACAGAAAAGUGCUAUCUUCGAUUGUUUUGAUAAAAAGUAUCCACUCCACUGGUGCCACCGAAUAUACUUUUAGCGGCCUUGAGGCGUGGCAAGAUUACGAGUUCGUUAUUCACGCCGCUAGUCAGUUCAGUAACAGUGCUCCUUCGAAUAAAGCUUACGUUCAGAUCGAUGGCAAAGCCCCAGAACAACCCGUGAAGAUUACAUUUUUGCAAUCGAACGCAGCAGAUGCAUUCACAGUCUCGUGGACGAAUCCGCCUCUAGAAACUGUAAACGGGCAAAUCAAAAAUACUGUAGUCUACUUCAAAAAGAAAUCAGAGACUCAUUGGAAAAUGAAGCCUGCUUAUCAAAACAAAGAGAUAACGAUUUCGCCCCUGACAGCUGGAAAUAUAUACCAAGUUCGCAUUGCUCUUUUCAACAACAAAUACAAAAUAUUAACCGAUAUCAAAGAGAUUUUCGUUGGAAGAAAAGCUCCGGCGUUAUCAUCAGUUUUGACUAACGCGACACAUCUGCAAUCCAACUCACCCGGAAGACUUUUAGUCAGCUGGAAGAUUCCAUCGAAAUUAAACGAAGAAAAGCCUGAAAAAUUGUCCGUUAAAUUGAGGAAAGUCGGGGAAGUGAACUGGAAAGAACGCAUUACGCCUGACUCAGCCACAGAAUCGUCGUUUGAUAAUUUAGAGCAUUGGCGAAUUUAUGAAUGUGUCCUAACUCUUUAUACUUCAAGAGCUGUCUAUUACACUAAAAUUAGACGGAUUUUAAUCACCGGUACAACGUCCGAAAAGACGAACGCUGUUAGAAUAGAAACUGUUGUGUCGAACAGUGCUGGAUCCGUGGAAUUAACAAUAAGUCUUCCAAGGCAAUUUGCUGUCCUCUUCUCAAGCAUGGUUGUCAUAAAUUGUUUCAGCAGUGGAAUAGCUUCGGUGAGAAAAAUAAUGAGACCGGAGUCAGCUCAUUUCAAUUACACGGUCAGGGAUCUUGUUCCUUGGAGAACUUACAGUUUUGAAGCCAUUCUUUCCAUCGAGUUGGGAGAGCGACAACUUUUCGGUCCAAGCUUGGCAUCGGCUCUCGUAAUUGGAAAAGUGCCGGGGAAGCCCCCUGCUGACGUGCGAGCUGUGGCAGAGGGGACAACGUCAAUUCGAAUCUCUUGGAAACCAAUCCCCAAUGAGUACGCUCGUGGAACCCUGCAUCACUAUUCCGUCUUUUAUUCAACGAGCACCGAUAGCAAGCCGAAAGUUCUGUCAACCAAAACGGUGACUAAUUCGCUUUUGUUGACUGGUCUAGAAUCAGAGACAAUGUACUUCAUCCAAAUUUGUGGAACAAAUAGUCAAGGUGGCAUUGGACCAUUGUCUGUUAUUGCAAAUGCUACAACCUGGAAGGACCCACGACCUCCUUCCAACGUCAAAGCAUCGACGAAAUCGUCAACCGAGGCUUUGGUCAUGUGGGCAUACCCUCCAGACGAGCAGCAACGUGAGCUGAAUUUCUCGUUAACAGCCAAUGGCCCGGGCCUUGAGCGAGUCACAAAGCUUCAUUUAUAUCGGAAGCAAGACGAAGAAAUGCAACUGGAAACAAAACAGAGUACUAUUAUGGACGGGCUAAAGCCGUCAACGAGCUACAUUGUUACUGUCACUGCUUGUAAAACGAAACUUGGAGUAUUAAAGUGUAGCGAUCCGGCAAGUUCAGCUACAAUAACAACGUUCAAGGAACCUCCUCCACCAACACCAACACUGAGCGCAGCUGUACCAAAGUCGUCGGCUGAGAUCGAGGUUAGCUGGAAUUCCCCUGUUGAGCUGAAGGAAACUACACUAAAUUUUACGGUAAUAGCUGAGAAGAAGUCGAAAGAAAGAAAGAGAUUUUAUUUACUGACUUACAGGUCUUUGCAGGAUAAAAGAAAACACAGAGAGUAUUCGAAAUUGUUGUCAGGCUUAGAACCUUUUACUGCGUACAAGAUACACGUUGUUGCUUCAAAGAAAAGAGACGGGAGAUAUUUGAUAAGUGAUACUUCCAACGAAAUAACUGUUCACACUAAGGAAGCAGCCCCUUCCGCUCCUUUGAAACUGGACAUUCAAGAGAAAGAUGACGAAUAUGUCUUCACUUGGCAAAAACCAAGCAAACCGAACGGUGUCAUAAGGCGAUACCUCUUGAACGUCUACCAUAACAAAACCGGCCACGUAGUUUUGGAACAGAAAAUUCCUGGAGAUGAGCACGUAAUUAUGAUAAGAGGGGAUAGGUUUUCACCAUACCAGCAGUACAGAGCUUCUUUGAAGGCACGCACUGUUCAGUGGGGACCAUUAGCGGAGAAAGUUUUCAUAACCGCGGAAGGAUAUCCAACUGCACCCCGCGGCGUUUCAGCAACUUUUAAUGGAACACACUUACUUGUGAACUGGAAGAGACCAAAGGAAGAAAAUGGGAAAAUUCUCCGAUACAAGGUGAAUGUUACAAAAUAUGGACCUCUUUAUACUAAGAUCCUGAUGACCAAGAAGGGCAAGAGGAAGCCUGAAACGGAGAGCUACGAAGCGUCCCCACAGAGAUAUGACUUUGUGAUCCAGGAGAGCAAUUAUGGAACGAAGGUCAGGGUGGAAGUUGCUGCUGUGACGUCAAAAGGAGAUGGGCCAAGCUCUGGAGGAGUCGUGGUAUCAAUAGACAUGCCAAAACCAAAUGCGCCACCCCAGCCUGAAGUACAAAUGGACACGAUAAGACUGACAACGAUGGUUGUUAAGUUAAAGCCGAUGUUAAAGACAGCCUUCUCCUUUCCUGUUAGCUUGUAUCAAGUGAUUGUCGAAGUGUUAAACGGAGGAGCACUGAAAAAACGCUCGGUUGGUAGUGUUCCUGAUAAAGUGAGCAACUACUCAAUCGCCGUAAAAAAUAGCGGCAAAUUCUACAUCGCAGCAGAGUUUGAAGCAAAUAAUCUUCCAGAUGAGCUUGUGCUUGGAAAUGGAAAAGUAUACAAUGGUUAUCACAAUGCUCCCUUGAAUCCGGAAACGCUAUACAAAGUGCACGUUAGAGCUGUUGCGUUGGAUGGCAAUGGGAAUUCAGUAUAUGGCGAAGCUACCUCGAUAAAUCUUCCACGAACUGCUGCCCGGAAGGCUGGAAAAUCAGAAGGCAAAGGGGUCCCGCUCCCGAUUAUUGCCGGCAUCGCAGGGGCCCUACUGAUUCUGGUUAUUCUCGUUGUCAUUAUCAUCUUGUAUUUACGCUCGGGGUCAGUCAUCAGACGCCGAUCCAAGGACAAGAAAGAGCCAUACGACAUCGAGCUUUCAAAGUUGAGACCCAAAAUGGAUUCAAUGACGCAAACUUCAAAAAUAGACCAUCAACCAGGAACAAAAUGCAACGCUCAACAAAGACCGGCCUCUCUUACCGGAGAUUUCCCGUUGCAUCCGGAUCAUGCACCAGUUACAUUUGCAAAUUACGGAAAAUACGUGGCAAAAAUGCAUCGCAGUGAAAAUACCGGCUUUAGAGUAGAGUAUGCUCAAUUAGAAAUGGGAAAGGAAUUUUCCUGGGAGAAUGCCCACCAGCCGGAAAAUAAGCCAAAGAACAGAUUUGCGAAUAUUGUUGCAUAUGACCAUGCACGUGUGAUACUAAGAAGGUUGAGAGGAGAUCCAACUUCAGAUUAUAUAAACGCCUCUUACAUCGAUGGUUACAUGAAACCCAAUGGAUACGUUGCCACUCAAGGACCAUUGCCUGGUACUUUCAAUGACUUCUGGCGCAUGGUAUGGGAGCUAAGGUCAAGUGUGAUCGUCAUGCUAACCAACUUGCAAGAAAAAAAUAAGCUCAAAUGUCACAAAUACUGGCCAGAUGACUGUAUUGAAUACGGGGACAUUCUUGUCACUUUGACUAGAAAGGAAAUCUACGCUGACUAUUCAAUCAGGACAUUCUUAUUAGAAAUGACAAAUUCACAAGAAUCGAGAGAGGUGAAACAUUUUCAUUUCACUGUAUGGCCCGACCACGGAGUACCAAAGUACGCCACAGCAAUUCUCGCCUUUAGACGAAGGGUGCGCUCUUACCAAAACCCGGACUCAGGACCAACACUAGUACAUUGCAGCGCUGGUGUUGGAAGAACCGGUACCUACAUAGCAUUAGAUGCGAUGCUUGACAGGAUGAACGGCCAGAGUGACGUCGAUAUUUUCAAUUUUGUUGCUGCAAUGAGAACAAGGAGAAUUGCCAUGGUUCAGACGGAGGAACAAUACAUAUUCAUUCACGAUGCGUUGCUGGAAUCAGUUCAGUGUGGAAAUACAGAGAUAACCGCCCAGGAUUUGAGAAUAAUGAUUAAUAGGUUGGAGACAAUUUCACCAGAGACGAACAUGACUGGAUUCGAGAAGGAAUGGAAGAUACUGAACAACGUCAGUCCGAUCCCCCCGAAGUCUUCUUGCAACACUGCAGCAUUACCAGAAAACAUGGCGAAAAAUCGUAACCAAAAUGCUUGCACAUUGCCUGCUGACAACAGCCUCGUUCGGUUAUUGAUGAUAGAGGAUGACGAAGCGACAGCAUACAUAAACGCUGUCUAUGUAGAUGGGUACAAGCAAAGAAAUGCUUUCAUUCUUACACAGUCACCCUUGAAAAACACAGUCAUGGACUUUUGGCGCAUGCUUUGCGAGCACAAAAGUGCGGCAGUCGUUCUUUUAUCUUCACCGGACGAGGGCGAGGAUUUCGUUAAGUUUUGGCCUGACAAGCACAUACGAGAAUACGAAAUGAUCACAGUGGAAUGUUUAUCGAAAGCAAUCGGAAGCGAAGAGGCUUCAUCGAGGAUGGAUGCCAGACGAGGGGACCCUGACCUCAUCAUUCGACAAUUCCGCGUUGAAGACACCAGGAACCCAGAUUAUCCUAUGAUGGUGAAAAUGUUCCAGUUUUUUGGUUGGACAGAAACUAAAGUGCCAGCAAAUUGUUCGUCAAUCAUUCACUUGAUAAAUCAGCUAGAGAGAUGGCAGCAACAGUCUGGGAAUGGCCCUGUGACUAUAAUUUGCAGCGAUGGAAUAGGAAGAAGCGGAACAUUUGCCGCGUUGAAUGCUGCCAUUGAGAGAGUGAAAGUUGAACAGGUCGUUGACGUGUUUCAAGCAAUCAAAGCUAUGCGAAUACAGAGAGCCCAUGUUGUUAAGACUUUGGACCAGUAUAGGUUUGUUUACAACUCCGUUGAAGAAUAUCUGAAUGCAUUCGGUGACUAUGCUAAUUUCAAGUAAGCAAAUUUGGAAAUUAUAAACGAAGGUGCGAACCGUGUUAUGAAGGUAAUUCAAGAUAACGUGUUUUGUAGGGAGGGUAGAUUUUAUGCAAUAUUUGCUCAUGAAUGCGAAUUUUUAGAAAUUAGAAAAUAGGGUAUUAGAUCAUGCAAUGCAUUUAAAUUUUUUGUCGAGUUAACUUUCUUGGUUAAAGUGUUAGGUCCGAGUAUAUUUCGUAGCGGAUUUACUUUGUUUGCUGUUUAACAAGCAAUGUUGUCGUUAGAACAAACGGGGAUAAACCCUUUUUGUUUCCUCUGAUUGCCCCUACCAAGAUUCUGGUGUGGGGAAAAGCGAUGUUAAUGCCGCCUUCCACAUUCGUUAACCUUGUGAAAAUACUCAGCCCCAAAUACAUGCAGUCGUAAUAUUGCGAGUGAUGGAAACUCAAAGCAACAUCAGGUUGAAAGCUCUUGACUUUGGUUCCUUUUAAUCUACAGGUAAAGCCAAUGCUUUUAAUGUUAAGUGUUGCAAAAUAUAUUUUUAUUCUUUUUCACAUCACAGAUGAUAGGCGCAUAGACAUGCUCGUUUUUGCAUUUCGGCGGUUAGUUCUUGUUUACAUUUUCAAUUAUUUUUUGUAUUUUCGUAUAUCUAAUGUAAAUUACAACUACAUUCAAAUCGUAUAUAAAGAUUUAAAAAUAUAUAUUGUCAUUAGCAGUUGAGUUGAAAUUUUGUGUAUGAUGGAUUUUUUGUACCUCGAAACGCACUACUUACGUGUAUAAUUAAGUUGAUAUUAGUCCCUAGCAUUUCAAAAUACGACAUGUAUGCUUUUAAACAGAUUUAUAUUUUUCUGAGAUUGCUUUAUAUCGAGUAUGAAGAUUAUAGUUUUACUUUCAACAGUAGGUACGAAAUUUAUUACGUCAUGGCUUCUUACCGUUAAACCCUGUGGUAUCAUUCUUUAACGAAAUUCAUAUUGGGGGGGGGGGGGGUCUCAUUCAUUACCUGUUAUGAAGGAAACAUACUGCAGUUUGACAAUUAUUUGAAGCUCCAGCCCCCCCCACCAGACCCCCGGUUCCCACGGGCCUGUCUUAUAAGCAGAAAUUCAUUUGAAUCAGCCUGCUAACCUAACUUUUCUGUUCCAAUCAACCUUCAAUCCAAACUUCUUGCUGUCUGAACUAGCCCAACAUUUUGGUUUGAAGUGAGGGGUAAAGCGUUCCAUGGAAAUCUCGUACACCUUUGUUGAAAGUCCUUUCGUUUUAUCAAAAUAUCCUUAGAAAUCCUUUUGUUUUGAUGGAAAUCUCGUUCGCUAUCUGUAAGAGUGAAUUGUCCCUCCGCUAAAAGCAAUGAUCAGAAUUAUCAUCAAAGAAAUUAAGUUGGAAAAGGGGGCUGUAUAAUCCGUCCAAGAAAUCUGUACAUUGAUUUCCCAUGGUGUUGGAAGUGCCGGUGAUUUUGAAAAGCCAAUGAUCAUACUCAAGGCAUUUCAUUCAUCAACGUUGUUGAAAGUUUUGUUGCAAUAAAUAAAAGUAAGAUCGACAUGCGACCGUUUAUAUUUAAAGUAGUUUAGUUAGCUCGUGUUUUUAGUUGCAUGUAAAUUUGAUUCGUAGUCUGUAUAUCAAAUGUACAAAUUAUAUGAUCCGCUAACCUAUAUCCUUUUCAAAGGAACAACAAACGGCUCAAAGGCUAAUAUCAUUCACACGGUAUAAUCGAUGUAAGCUCGCAUGCUUUAAGUUAAGUCAUCCUUUUCUAGUCCAUAGGCAUCCGGAUUAUUCAAGCAAAAAUAUCA